AUGGGUAUAGUAGAGUAUAUGGAUCAUUAUGGCGAGACCACCUACGACGGCUACGCGGUGCGGGACUGGUUGAUUCGCAACGUGGACGUGGCGAUGUUCGCCGCAGGGCUGUACCUCACACUCACCUUCAAAGGAGCCGCACUGCUUGGACGGUCGGAAAAGGGUGGCACGGCCUCCAAACCGGCCUGGCUGCGCGCGCUCUGGACGAUGUGGAACCUUUCCCUGUCGGUUUUCUCACUCUACGGCACGACGCGCGUGACGCCGGUGCUCCUGCGCCACAUCCACGACCACGGCCUCCGCCACACCCUCUGCACCCUCGACGAGAACGACUUCUACCGCGGCACCACCGGCAUGGCGAUCGGCCUCUUCGCCCUCUCCAAGGGGCCGGAAUUCAUCGACAGCGCGCUCCUCCUCCUCUCUGGAAAGCGCUCACUCUCCUUCCAGCAGUGGUUCCACCACGUCACGACUUUUUUGUUCACCUGGCACGCCUACGCGGUCGGCAGCAGUGCGCUGCAGUUUGCCGCGGCCCUCAAUUACACGGUGCACACCAUCAUGUACUUCUACUUCGCCCUCGCGGAGGCCGGGUACAAGAGUCUCGUGAAGCCCUUCGCCAUGUACAUCACCCUUCUGCAGAUCCUCCAGAUGGUGUUGGGAACAAUUUUGACACUCCUCUUGUUAACUUACAAAUUGCAUGAUUAUUUCAACAACCGCGCUGAUAAAGAGCCCGAGUCAUGUUCGGGUACAACGUGGAGCGAUUUGCGACUACAUCUCUUCAUAGUUGUUGUAAAUCUGAUCAUGUUCAUGAAUCUGUUUAUUAAGUCAUAUUUUCGAAAUCAAAAAAAUAAGCCAUUGUUAUCGGAAAAGAACAAGUAAAAAAAAAUGGUACUCAAAAAUCUUAUUUAAAAGGUGACUUGAACGAAACCGAAAGUGUAUGAGUUUAAACUUUUAAUGCGCACCUUUACUUACGCUGGUUUAUAUUGCUCCCUCAAUAAAUUAAGCACCAAGCUAUAAGAGAAAUCAAAAUGGACGAAAUGAAUUAUAUUUUGCGUAUCUUUACCCGUUUUAUAAGUCCUUACCUAUGUUUGCGAAUCAAAUCGAAGAGUUAGGAUAUUUUUGAGCGCUUCUCAUAUUAUUAGCUGUGAUUUGCUAAAGGGAAAUAUAGAUAGAAUGUUGUGUAGCUUCGCUACCUUGUUCCUUUUGCGAAUCAAGUAAAAUUAGUCAAGAAAAAAUUGGAAAAAAUAUACCUUUAUUUAAUUAAAGAUUCCUCACGAAGUGAACUUUAACUUAAAUGAAAAGCUAAAUAUAAAUAGUACAUAGGAAAAUUUUCACCAAGCUUCUUUAUGAGCUCAAAAAAAGCAACUUUAUAUAUUUAUAUAAAAAAAAAGCACCCUAAAUUUCUUGAUGUAAUUUCAUCUUAUUAAUAUUUAAUAUAUUGGUCACUCAACAUAAAAAAAAAAUUAUCUAGCACAUUUUUGUACAUACCUUAUAUGGCCAUCGAUAACAAGACCAUAAAGGAAAAAAAUAUGCUUAAGAAAACCAAAAAAUUCAUCAAGAAAAGACUGUUCGCUUAAUACUGAGAAUCAUAACGACAAUUAUGGAUUAAAAUUGUCAAAAAUACUAUUAAGAUCAAUUUCAAGUCCAGUCCAAAUUAAUCGUGUGAGAUAGUAUCGCAACACUCAGAAUGCCCCAAAUUACUCAACGCUAUCCUUGUCCUAUCCAUGUAGGAAUACUGAGCCGUGUUUCCUGUGCUAGGUUUGGAGAGAGAGAGAGAGGUGCCCUCCGCCCCUGUCCAUCUAGUCGCUUUCCGCACAGGGUGGGUUUCCAUCGGAGGACCUGGUCCGCAUUCCCACUCUUCAAGUGCAAGUGUCCGAGAGGGGAGGAGGGAGAUCAGCAAAUAAACACUCCGAUUGCGAGCUCAAAUGAAUUAGCAAAUUUGGGGCACCUUGUCAUGAAUAGGGUCUGAAUGUGUUGCGUUGGUACUGGAACUUAGCGGAAAUCUCUUGGAAGUGAUGAAACCGAUUCUCCAUUUUUCUUUUGCUUUCACUGGUUGUAUUAUUUAAGUGGGUUGUAUAGCUUAGUUGUCAGGUUAUAUAUAUAUACGUAUAUACAUGUGUGUGUGUAAUGCUAAGAGGGAUGGCAAAUAUUAAAGCAUGUAAUGAUGAUUUAUCGCUUACUUUUUAAUGAUACUAGCCUCUACAUUCAAUCUACCAGGAAAUAGUAUAGCGAAAAGGUAAAGAUGAAUCAGCAUAGUCAUCAAUAGGGAUCCUUUUCUUGAUCAUCCUUUCAUUUUUGUGAGACAGGGGAGUUUCGUAGAAUUCGUUUGCU